GUUACUAAUUUGGAGACCAAUAUCGUAUCGAUUGAGCGCAUUAUUGAAUACACAAAAACUCCGAUCGAAGCUGAAUUGUUUGACGAAAACAAUAAACCCAAUCCGCAAUGGCCUGGAAGUGGAGCCAUUGUGUUCAACAAUUAUAGCACUAGAUAUCGUGAAGGCCUCGAUUUAGUGCUCAAGAAUAUAACCAUCGAUAUUAAAGCCAACGAAAAGGUGGGAAUCGUGGGCCGAACCGGUGCCGGAAAGUCGUCGCUUACUUUAGCUCUCUUUAGGCUUAUAGAGCCCGUCGACGGAACCAUUUCUAUCGAUGGCAUCGAUAUUAAAAAAUUAGGUUUAUAUGACUUGAGGUCCAGAAUAACAGUUAUACCUCAAGAUCCCGCACUUUUUACCGGCACUUUACGCGUCAAUUUGGAUCCAUUUGAUCAAUACUCAGACAGUGAGAUCUGGAGAGCUAUAGAAUCGGCUCAUCUGAAGACAUUUGUGGAUACAUUGGAAAAUGGGUUAAGCCAUCAAAUAUCAGAGGGCGGAGAGAAUUUGAGUGUCGGUCAGAAACAGUUGGUUUGUUUGGCGAGAGCUCUGUUGAGG